GCUAACGCCAGUUCACUAGUACUAACCCCACAGAUAUACGUACCCGCUCCCACAAAAUUCUUAAAUAUAUUACUAACCCAUAACCUCGACCGAGAACCAUCAAUGAGCACCCGUUUCAAUGAGAUUCGCUUUAUUUCGUGCGUUACAUAUACACGCCAAGGUUCGUGAGCGCUUCAGUUCGGGAGUAUGGCGACGUGAUCGCGCACCGCGGCGGCCAUGGCGCGCCAACGAUGGACGCUAGCUCUAAUUUUAAUCUGCCUGCCUAUCCUUGCCACAGUGAUAACCGCAUUCCGAGUACGCGAUUUACCCAAAGCCGAUAGUGUGAAACACGAUAUAAAAAAGCAAAAGUGUGAAGACUGUGAUGUGAAGGUCGGUCAUAAGUUGCAUAGUGUUAAAAUCGAAAGUGAUAAACAUGUGUUUGAGGAUUUGAAGAAGGUGGGACGAGAGAAGCAACAACAAGUCCAUCAGAAGGCUGAUAGUAAACCUGCUCACAAAUACGAUUUCAGAAGUGACGAAGACGACGACGAUGACGAUGAAAAGGAUAUUUUGAAAAUUAAAUCCGGAUUUAAACAGGAAAUUCCCGUAAGUAAAGUGAAAUCCCAGGCUAGUAAAAAGUUAUCAAAAUUAGGGGACGAUGACGAUGAUGACGAUAUCAAACCCAGUGUGUUGAAAAAAACUAAAGUUGUUGACAUCAAAAGUGAUCAGAAGCCGAAAAAGGAUGUUAAGAUCUCGAAAGUAAAAGAAUCACUAUCAAAAACCUUGAAACGUACCGAUGACGAUGACGACGAUGAUGAUAAUGAUGAUGACGACGUUGAUGACGAUGAUGAUGAUGCAGAUGAUGAUGAUGAUAACUACGGCGUUAAACCACAUGUGUUAUCUAAAUCAAAACCAUUUGAAAUAAAAAAAUCUGACAGCAAACCUAGGCGGCCCGAAUUCAAACCUACUCCACCAAAGUCAAAAGAAAUUUAUGAUGACGACGAUGAUGAUGAAAAACCACGAGCUACAACAAAGAAAUCGGAAGUUAAAAAAAAUGCAAGCUCUAAUCAUAAAUUAAAACAAGAUACAAAGAGCUCAGAAAGUAAAGAGUCAAAGUCGAAGGAAAUCGAAGAUGAUGAUGAUGAUGAUGAUGAUGACGACGACGACGAUGAUGAUGAUGAUGACGAUGAAGAUUUCUAUAGUGGAACAUUGUCUAGUAUAUUAGAAACAUUCAAUAUGCUAGGUUUAAAAAUUGAUCCAAGCCUUGAAACGCAAGAAACAAAAGAUGCUGAGCACAAAAUUAAAGAACAUGAAAAGGAUAGUAAGGAUAAAGCUAAAGAAAAACAGAAGCUUGAAGCAGCAAUUAAAACAACUAGUAAGAAAAGCGAUGUUGAUGCAGAUUCACAAAAGAGCAAAGUGUCUUCAUCUUUUUCCUUUUUCGCAAACAUUUUUGGUGAUGAAAAAAGUGCCGCUGAUGGAGAUGACGAUGAAGACGAUGAAGAUGAUGAUGAUGAUGACGAUGACGACGAUGAUGAUGACGACGAUGAUGAUGAUGACGAUGAUGACGACGACGAUGUCACAAAAAGGAAGUCACCAAAAAUAAAUAAAAUUGAUACAAAAACCCUUCUUCAAGACCCUAAAAAAGAAGUCAAAGAGAAAAUAGAAAUUUUAAAGAAAGCAUCCAAAGAGGUUAUCAAAGAGAAACCUGAAGAAAAAAAACCUGAGCCGAGACCAAAACCUGAACCUAAAAAGGCAGAACCAGUAAAAAAAGAAACAAAAGAAGUCAAAAGUAGAGUAAAAGAAGACGUUAAGGAUGAAAAGCCUACCCCAAAAGAAAAAUCUAAAGAUUCCUCUGAAAAAGUAGCAUCUAAGAAAGAAGAUAUAAAAGAACCAAAGCACACUGAAGAUAAGCUUGAUAAACCUAAGAAAGAAGCUCCAAAGAAAGAUCACGAAAAAGAUACCUUCAAAACUAAAGCUAGUCAUGAAAAAGAUGAUAAGGUUUCCAGUCAUGAGGACCUCAAAGGUACAGAAAAGAUAGUUCCAGAGCAUAAGAAAAAGUAUCCCAUCAAAGACACUUACAAUAUGUACGAUGCAAAAAAAGAAGCUAAAUCUGAAUCUGCGAAAAAAUCAGAUAAAACAUCUAAAGAAAAGUUUGAUGAUAGCCCAGAAAUGUCUUCGUCGACCGAGAGUCAUUUAAAACACGUUACGGACGCUUUGCACAGACGGAAUUUGCUCAAAAGUGAAUUUGAAGAUUUCUAUGCAUUCUUUCCUACUUUUGCACCAAAUUUUUCUCGAAUCCAUAACCCGGAAUGCAGGCGUCACGGACAGAUUGUGUUGAGGCAAUUACGAGGAACGAAACUCUGGGCCCUGAAUAUGCUCGACGCUACUGCGAAGAUUCCCUCGGGUAUCUUGCAAGGUAAUGGCAUCCAGCUUGGUGACUUCGACCAGUGUUUGGGGAGCCGUGCGAGAGUGCAGUUGGAAAGUGGCAGCGUCGUGAAGGUCCAAGGAAAGUACUGCUUGGCUCGGCUGGACGUGAAAGCGGAACAUCCCGAGCUGGAGUUACCAGUGCAUCUGGCGCAAGCCAAGAACUUGAUCAGGAGUCGGAUCGAUGAUCCAGGUCACUUCGUGCCGCGAUUUUCAACGUUGAGCUGGGGCGUCUGCGUGCCAGCUGCCUGCAACCCUGAGGAUGUGGAGGUGGUCAUCAAGGAUGCAGUCAAGCACUACCAGCACACCAGCGGCGUGGUCGUGCGAGUCAAGGUGGAUGAGGAAGACUGUCAUGUGGAGGAAGGGGAUUGGUGGGAAGAUUGGACUGAAGUGCCUACGCUCUUGACAUUAUCGUUCUAUGGUGUCAUCAUUUUGCUGGUACUUGUGGCGACGAUUCAAGACUUUAUUGCUAGAAGACCAGAAGGCGAAGGUGAUGAGAAUGGUGAAAAGGCGGAAGGUGAUGAAGAGGCUAAGGAUGAAGAAAAAGCAAGUGGCAGUAAGAAAUCAGGUGGUUUCCUAAGCUCCUUCUCCCUAUACUACACGCUGAGCAAGCUGACGGCUCCCGGUACUGAUGAUGAGAUCUCCUGCAUCCAUGGAGUCAGAGGCAUCGCUACUAUCGCUCUGCUGGUCGCCCAUAAGUUCCUGCCCGUUGCUGUCAUGCCGUAUACUAAUCGGUUGAGGAUCACGGAGUUGGCCAGUUCCCCCCUCUGGUCUUGGUGCCGAGCUGGAUGGAUGUUCACCGACUGCUUCCUACUCCUCAGUGGGGCGCUGACGGCUCAUAGGAUAUCUGUUGACAACGAUACCGGUGCUCCUAGAAGACUUUUCUCUAGAUAUAUGAGGUUAACACCAGCACUUCUCGCCGUGGUACUAUUCUACGCUUACAUUUGGGACAACAUCUCAAGCGGGCCGAUGUGGGGCACCUUCGUCACCAAGAACGCUGAGGUCUGCCAGGAGGGCUGGUGGUGGAACCUGCUCUAUGUGCAGAAUUACUUCGGCUUUGAGGAUAUGUGUGCUCCCCAAACCCAUCAACUAGCCCUGGACAUGCAGCUAACCAUCCUAGGCUGCAUCAUAGUCUGGCUGAUACAAGCGAAGACUGGGCUGUACAAGAUCCUCAUACCAGGGCUGCACGUGUUCGCGGCGUACUCCAGAUACACGACUGUGAGAGACCAUCGCCUGACUAUGCUGGCUUAUCAUGGAGUCAGUGUUAGUCAGCUGUAUAGGACGGCGCGAUUGAGCUACACUUCGGUGCUUCAUCGGUCUACCCCUUAUCUGGUUGGCCUAAGUUUGGGGUUGGCUUUGAAGAACCCUACGGAACAUGGAAAGUUCAUCCUCUCCAUUGGCUGGUUAUCCAGCACCGCUCUCUGGUGCCUCGUCUGGUGGGCUGGCAUCGACGCCGGUUCUAUCCAGUAUCGGUACAGCUCCUCAUUUGCCGCCCAAUAUGCUGCGCUUGCGCCUAUCGCGUCGGCUCUCGCUAUAGCGUGGGUCAUUUAUGCUGUCCAUAGCAGUAAUGGUUUCCUGUCACGUUUCUUAUGCUGCCGUCCUCUGGUCAUGAUCAGCCGUCUGUCAUACGCUCUCUACCUCACCCAGUUCAUUGUCUUCAUUACUAAUGUGGCUACCGUCAAGACUUCUAGAGAAUUUACUUUAAUAUCUAUGAUCGACGUCCAAGAGAUAUCAGCUAUAAUACUGUCUUCGACCAUCCUAACGUUAACAUUCGUUAUACCGAUGCAGAAUCUACACAAAGUAUUCUCAUUCUCUUUUCCUUCUCUAUCAAAAUCUGAAAGUACCGACGAAACAAAAGAAUCAGAUGAUGCUGCUGAAAAUAAAGAAGAAGGCCAAAAAGAAGAAAAAGAGGAAGAAGAAGAAAUCAUAGAAGUACCACAAAUAAGAAGCAGACAGCAUUUGAUAGCACACAGAGAAGUUCUUGAAGAAAUUCCUGAAACAGAAGUUGAGUAUGAAGCGCAAAGGGACAACGAAGGACUUGGAGAAAUUUUAGAGGAGGAGGAAGAGGAAGAGGCUGGGGAAGAAUCUAUUGGAAAUAUGGACGACGAUUUGGAAAUAAUUGAGGAAGAAGGUGGGGAAGACGAAGAAGAUGAGUCGUGGUUGGAACGAGAUCAUUAUGUACGAAGAAGGUCGCAACCAAGGGACGAUGAUCAAGAUCUUGAUGAAUGGGAAUGGACUGCGAAUGGGAAUCGCAACGGAGCUCAAUAUUAUCGAUACUCAAGGUAGCGUUAUUUGUCUGUUAAAUUAAAUUAUCUUUUUGAGUUUUG